AUGUCUAAACGGUUUUAUGAGCGCUAUUAUGAUUGCCCAGGUUUCUAUGUGGGUUCUCUUAUAAACGCAUGCGAAGAAGCUUUCAGUCCAACAGUGAUUGAAGAACGUCGUCCAGUACUUGUCUAUAUACACCAUGAUGGGAGUAUGUUUAGUAACAUAUUUUGUAAACUUACAUUGUGUUCAGCAACAAUUAUUGAUUAUUUACUUGAAAACUAUAUUGUAUGGCCAUGUGAUGUUACGCUAGAAGCAAACAGAAAUAUGCUGGCAAACAUUUGGCAAGAAAUGUUUCACGAUCAACUUCUAAAUGUGUUUGACGAGAAAAAAUAUCCAAAACUUAUUGGAAUUAAGAGAAAUUUUCAAGAGCAGCAAAAUGACUCGUUAGCAUUCGAUUACCAACCCGUGCUUUUACUCGAAUAUGAUGUUUUGGCAUUCUAUCACAACAUAGAAACUCGCUUUGGCAAAAAGAUUAUACUUGAACUAGUGAAAAAUCUUACGUUAAAUGAUGCAAUCAAUGCAUUCUCCAAUAAUAUUCUUCCUUUAUUAAGCCAACAAGAAACAAAAGUAGAGAUUUGUGAUCCUUCCAGUCUAUUGAUUAAUACGAUACUUCGAAAAUUGAAGCCUCAGCAAGUUGUUUCUUUACGUCUUACAGCAAGUUGGUAUCGUAAGCAAGAAGAAUUAUCUCGAUUAGCUCGUUUUACUAAUGUUAUCUCAUUGAGUCUACUCAAUUUUCAAGAUAUAAGAGCAAUAGAGAUAUAUCGUACUAAUUUUCCUCGAUUGACGCGUCUCUGUUUUUGGUAUGAUAAUGAACUCAAUUUUACUUUUUUUCGUGAAGUCUUGCAGUACCUAUGGUCUUCAAUAAAACGAUUUGAAGUUCAUUGCCCAGGGAAUUUCUGCUCUCACGCUGAUCAAGAUCAAUACAACAGUCUACUCUUCCCAAACUAUGAUAUCGAAUAUUGUCUUUUUGACCUGAGUAACUUUCCGUUACAUCCAACAAGCGAUUGUACGAAACAGUUGCCGUCAUGUUUUUUGACGGCCGCAAUUGGUUUGAUCAAAUAUAUGCUCAACCUUCAAUACUUUCAAUUAAUUACAAACAUGGAUAGCGUCAGUAAAUUAUUAGAUUUAAACGAAUGGAUAAGAAUGACAAGUCAUUGUCCUCGCUUAACGAAAAUAACGCUACGAGUGUUAGGACGUAUGAAAGCAGACGACGAAAUGUCACAAAAAAUAGUAGAAAUUCAAAAUACGUUAUGCACUCUGCCACAAAACACUCAAUUUCAAGUUAUAUUCCACUGA